GCCCCAUGUUCUAUUUUUCUAGUACUCCUUUGUGUGUAUUUCAUAGCUUAGGUAAGUAGUCUUCUGUGCUUUCAGAUUUAGGUAAUUUCCCAGAUCUUCAGUUAAAAUUGUGUCAUAAUAAUUCUGUUAUCUAUACCCAUGUUCUUAUGAGUGCACACACACACACACACACACACACACACACACACACAUACUUGUGGUGUUAGAAGUAUGUCUUUAGAAUUGUUACUUGUGGAUUGAAGGGGAAAUAUGUAUAUUAACACAAAUUUCUCAUCACAAGCAGUAUGUAAGUUUUUAAUAGAUUCCAAGCAAUCUGUUAGAAUAUUUGUUUUCUUCAGUGUUUUAUCAACAGGGCAUAUGGUCAAGUUCUGAACAUUGGUCAGUGUAACAUGUGAGAAACACUAUUUUAUUGAAAUUCUGAUGUAUAUUUCUCUUAUUAGUGAAAAUAAGUGUAUUUUUACAUGUUUAAUAACUGUCUUGCUUUUUAUUUUUAAAGGAAAAACCCUGUUGGCAUGGUUAGUUAUUGUUCACUGAACAAAAUAAAUAUUGUAGACUACUAUAAAAAAAACCCAGAGUAAGAGAACAUCUAAGGGGCAAUCAAAAGGUUAAGGGAGCAGACAGUGACAGACUAGCUUGAAAACGUUGUAACAUUUUCACCAUAGAAAUAGUCUACUUUUCAAAUAACAGUGUUUGUCAUAGAAGUCUAUGCACCAAGAAGCAGUUUUGAGUGAAGGUAAAUUAAAUUCUAUUUUUUUAAAAGAAAAAACCAUAUUAGCAUCAACAACUUGUUUCUGUUACAAAAUACCACUUGAUGGUUUUUCUUCCCUAGUUUAAAAUUAGAAAGGAAAGGAGCUACGUUCUCAGAGUGUACCACGGUUAUAUCGUCAUGUCACAGUCACCGAACUCAAGGGUGUGUGAUGGUCUGCAGAAAGGCUGCGUGACUCUAGUAUCUGUUCUUUCACAUCUGAGAGGAGUUUGCUGUGAUCAGCAGUCUCUACCAACUUUAGGCUACCUCCAGGCUAAGAGAUUGCAAAUGAUGGGAGGCUAACCAAUCUAGGAAGUUGCCUUCUUUUAGACAGUGAAUUAAGAAAUGUUUCUAGACAUUCUUUCAAAAUAGUCACUGAAAGAAACUGAGGUUUCUUUCCUCCUUUUCUGGUAAUGUUAAAAGGGACAACAGGAGGUGGCCAUAAGGCUCUUAAAAUUUUCUUUGCCAGCUUUAUUUCCAGUAGUAGCUAUUUCUUUGGGGCUUCUUUAUUUUCAGAGGCAUUAUCAGGUGUAUGCAACCGAAUCAGCUUUCUCCAAUUGCAUAUCAUAUGUACUUUGUUCAUCCUGUAGUACUCCACCAAUAGCAAGUUCCAACACAUUGUCAUACCUUGAAAGCAGUUUUCUAUUACUGAAGUAGGCACUCUGUUCCAGGGAGAUUUUGUGCUACCUCCUGCUUAGCUUGGAAUACCAAUAUCUCUUGGUGAGCCAUCAAGCUUUGGAUAGACCCAGACACCUUGUCAUAUAACCUUAGGGCCUGUAUGAAGGAAGUUGAAAUGGAAGGUCUAAAAUUGAAAAGUAAAUGGAUGGAAAAUCUGAUGCAUCUGGACAUGGCAGAGUAUAGAUAAGGUGAAGAAACGGCUGUACAAAGAAGUUAAAUAGCUAUCCCAAAGGUCAUAGGAUGUCAUAUUUGAAGACAAGCAUGGAGGAUGAGGACUCAUCUAAAAGAAAUGAAAAUGAUUCAUAUGCAGACUCUCAGUGCCCAAAUGUGGGAUUUUUUCACAAGGAUCAUAUGCAGAAAUCUAAGAUCUGUGACACUUGUGACUGGGUAGAGAAGCAGUUGGAAAGGCCUAAAUGGAAAAUACUAAAGGAAGGCAAAAGUAGCAUCAGAGAAAUGAUUGACAAACAAACAAACACAGGAAAUAUAAAAAUAAAAAUAGAGCAGGAUGAUGAGACAGCUGAGAAAAGUUUCUACCCGAGUACAAACACAGUGCCUCAGACCACCCCCACAGAACCAGAACGUACUAACCAAGGCGGGCUCACAGAGAACAUCAGUGGGAACGCACACCCUACUCCUACUGCUGAUCAGAGGUCACAUACGUGUGAUGAGUGUGGGAAAUCCUUCAAGUACAAUUCUCGUCUUGUUCAACAUAAAAUUAUGCACACUGGAGAAAAGCGCUUCGAGUGUGAUGACUGCAGGGGAACUUUUCGAAGUAGCUCCAGUCUUCGAGUCCACAAGCGCAUCCAUACUGGGGAAAAGCCCUAUAAGUGUGAUGAGUGUGGCAGAGCCUACAUGUCCUACUCUAGCCUUAUAAACCACAAAAGCACUCAUUCUGGGGAGAAGAACUGCAAAUGUGACGAAUGUGGAAAAUCCUUCAAUUAUAGUUCUGUUCUGGACCAGCAUAAAAGGAUCCACACCGGAGAGAAGCCCUAUGAAUGUGGUGAGUGUGGAAAGGCCUUCAGGAACAGUUCUGGUUUGAGAGUCCACAAAAGGAUCCACACAGGGGAGAAGCCCUAUGAAUGUGAUAUCUGUGGGAAAACCUUCAGUAAUAGUUCUGGCCUGAGGGUCCACAAAAGGAUCCAUACAGGUGAGAAACCCUAUGAAUGUGAUGAAUGUGGGAAAGCAUUCAUUACUUGCAGAACACUUCUAAAUCAUAAAAGCAUCCACUUUGGUGAUAAACCUUAUAAAUGUGAUGAGUGUGAGAAAUCUUUUAAUUAUAGCUCUCUCCUCAUUCAGCAUAAAGUCAUCCAUACUGGUGAGAAACCUUAUGAAUGUGAUGAAUGUGGGAAGGCCUUCAGGAACAGCUCAGGCCUCAUAGUGCAUAAAAGGAUCCACACAGGAGAGAAACCUUACAAGUGUGAUAUCUGUGGCAAAGCAUUCAGCUAUAGUUCAGGCCUUGCAGUCCAUAAAAGCAUUCAUCCUGGAAAGAAAGCCCAUGAAUGUAAAGACUGUGGCAAGUCCUUUAGUUAUAACUCACUUCUUCUUCAGCAUAAGACCCUUCAUACUGGAGAAAGACCUUAUGUAUGUGAUGUGUGUGGCAAAACGUUCAGGAACAAUUCAGGUCUCAAAGUCCAUCGGAGACUCCAUACUGGGGAAAAACCGUAUAAGUGUGAUGUAUGUGGGAAGGCCUAUAUCUCACGCUCAAGCCUUAAAAAUCACAAAGGAAUCCACAUGGGGGAGAAGCCCUAUAAAUGCAGCUAUUGUGAGAAAUCUUUCAACUACAGUUCUGCCCUUGAACAACAUAAAAGGAUUCAUACAAAGGAGAAGCCCUUUGGGUGUGAUGAGUGUGGAAAAGCCUUCAGAAACAAUUCAGGCCUUAAAGUACAUAAGCGGGUUCACACAGGGGAGAGACCUUACAAAUGUGAAGAAUGUGGAAAAGCCUACAUCUCACUCUCAAGCCUUAUAAAUCAUAAAAGUGUACACCCUGGGGAAAAGCCCUUUAAGUGUGAUGAGUGUGAGAAAGCCUUCAUCACAUACAGAACACUUCUAAACCACAAAAAAAUUCAUCUUGGAGAAAAGCCCUAUAAAUGCGAUGUUUGUGAGAAAUCUUUUAAUUACACCUCACUCCUUUCUCAACACAAAAGAGUUCAUACUAGAGAGAAACCCUUUGAAUGUGACAGGUGUGAGAAGGUCUUCAGAAACAACUCAAGCCUUAAAGUACAUAAAAGAAUACACACUGGGGAGAAGCCCUAUGAGUGUGACAUAUGUGGAAAAGCCUACAUCUCACAUUCAAGCCUUAUUAACCAUAAAAGUACACACCCUGGCAAGACAUCCUAUACAUGUGAUGAAUGUGGAAAAGCAUUUUUCUCAAGCAGAACUCUUAUAAGCCAUAAGAGAGUCCAUCUUGGGGAAAAACCUUUCAAGUGUGUUGAGUGUGGGAAGUCGUUCAGCUACAGCUCACUUCUUUCCCAACACAAGAGGAUCCACACAGGGGAGAAACCUUAUGUAUGUGAUUGGUGUGGGAAGGCAUUCAGGAACAGCUCAGGCCUCACAGUACACAAAAGGAUCCAUACAGGGGAAAAACCCUAUGGGUGUGAUGAAUGUGAAAAGGCAUACAUUUCACACUCAAGUCUUAUUAAUCAUAAAAGUGUCCACCGUGGAAAGCAGCCCUAUAAUUGUGAGUGUGGGAAAUCUUUCAAUUACAGAUCUGUCCUUGACCAACAUAAAAGAAUCCACACUGGAAAAAAGCCAUAUCGAUGUAAUGAUUGUGGGAAGGCAUUUAAUAUCGGGUCAAACCUUACCAAGCACAAAAGAAUCCAUACAGGAGAGGAAUCUUUAAAUAUGGCAAAUAUGGAAAAUCAUAGUGGCACAUUCCAGAAGAGGAUCUAUUAUGAGGGAGGGAAUUCUCUGGAUGGGACCAGAAUGCAGAUGCCUAUGUGGGAGGCAGAGCAUGCCAAGUCUCAAAGAAAUCAAAUAGAAGAAAAACUUUAUGAAUAUAAGAAUUUUUGAGGUCCUUAGUCAUGGCUUAUAAUUUUCAUAGUGUGAGUGAAAGAAUUCUAAGUGCUCAUGAACAAUUCUACGUGACUCAGUUAUAGCAAGAACAGUUUUAGUGUCAAAAUAGUUGAACCCUUUAGGACUAUAAAAUACCACUGGAUAUAAAGCCUUUAAAAGUGAUGGAACAUUUUAAAAAUGUAGCCUGGCCAUAAAACAUAAAGGUAAGGGUCUUUAGUGAGAAAUCAUAUUCACCACCACAAAGAUCCUAUUUGGAUAAAUAAGUGAAGAAGAAUGUAUAAAGUCGGUAUAAUUUUGAGCUCUAUACUUCGGUCAGUGGAAAAAAAGAUCCAAGAAGGGCCUCCAACAGGCAAAUUCAGGGAGAGGAUGGUUUCAGGGAAUUAUCAGUUUAUUAGAGGGUCAUGAAUUACAGACUUAACAGUAAUGGUUUGUGGUAGGAAGAUCACAACUUCUGAAACAAUUUAGAUGUCCUAGGAAAAGAAAAGCAUAAUCUGUGACAUAAUUACUUUAAAUGCAUAUUAGUUGAAAUAUACUAUUAAUUGAACUGGUAAGACUAGAGUUUCAAAUGAACUCCCUUAAUAGGUAAUAUAUAUGAUAAAUGAAAACCUGGAAGGUGACAUUCACAUAUACUGAGAGAAUGGAAAAGAUUUCAGUAUCUUCAGUUAAGUAAUGGAACACAUCUUCAACAUGAAUUUGCACCUUACAGAAAAAAUUCAGGGACUCUUAUGAAUAAAAAAAAAGUUUCAAAGGAAGGCUUUUUAUUACAAGAGCUAAAUAAGUACCAGUAAUUAAGAAGAAAUUCAUGUUUUAAAGACAAUACUUUGUUUUAGAAAGCGUUGUAAAAAUGUUAUCUAUGACAUACAUGUGUAUAUUGUCUGCUGUAAAAUAUCAGUAUGUUCAAAACUUACUUUGCCAUAAAGGCCAAAUAGUUAUGUCAAGGUAAGGGGGAAAAAAACAAUAAAUGCCUCAAAUGUAAAUAGGCUGUGAUUUAUUUUAGAUGGAC